GCACAUGUUUGUGACAGGUAAAACAAUCAAACGUCAAUAAGCAAAUAUUGCGGUGUGGCUUUAUUUUUAUUUAUUGAUAAAUUCAAUUAAUUCGCGCCAACUGUAAAACAAUAUUAUUUACUGAAGAUGCCAAAGACAGGUGCAACUCGUUAUCAGAAGUUUCUGAAAUCAGAGAAAGCCAAGACCAAAUUAAAAGCUAAAAAGGACUUGCCGAAAGGAACAAAUGUAACCAAGACAAACUUUAAAGUUAAAAAGAUUGUUAUUAAAGAACAACUUAAAAAGCAUGAGGUUACCGAGGCUCUGUCCACUAGAAAACUUAAUGUUAAAGAAUUAUUAUCUCGGCUAAAUCACUUCAACACAAAUACAAGAACAGAAGCGUUGAAAGAUCUCAUGGAACUUGUUACAGUGCAUCCAAAUGUGUUAGACAGAAACCUUGGCCAACUUGUCCUUGGAAUUACACCAUUAAUUUUAAAUGUUGAGAAAGUUUUACGACGUGAAUCUGUAAAGGUGUUACAUAUAAUUCUAUCACAUGCCAGCAUUAACAACAUAGAUCCAUUUUUUGACAUAAUAUCUACUUAUUUGAGAAGUGCUAUGACACACAUUGAUAAUAGAAUACAAGAAGAUUCUUUAUUAUUUUUGGAUAUCCUAUUGUCUUGUACACCAAGAAAUGUAGCACAGCAUUUUCAUAAGAUCAUGCCAAAUUUUCUAGACAUGAUUUCAAAAUUGAGAGUUGAUUCUAAACCAGGAAGAACUUUGACAGUGAACAUGGGAAGCCAAAUAACAAGCGUAAAAUGGAGAGUCAAAGUGUUAUAUAGACUUCAAGAUUAUUUAGAUAAGUUUGUGCAUCAUAAUAACAUGCAUGAAACAGAAAAACCUGUAGCUGUCAAAACUCAUAUCUUUGACAAAACAAAGUUAAAUCAUUGUAAAUUAUUCAAUCCCAGUUAUGUCUCUGUUUGUCAUUUAUCUUGCUUCUCAUCAAAGAAGUCUCAAGAAGUGGAGCCAAUAGAUGAAGUUGCAAAGUUUUUGGAAUACAUUGACACUUUAAUGCCUUUGUUGUUUGAAACAUGGCUUGAAGUUUGCCCUAACAUAAAUUCAGAAAAAAAUUUCGAAACUGUUAUAAAUGAGGAUGGAGCAUCACUGCUCAAACACAUUCUGAAAGUAGUAUGCUUGCUGUGGCAACUAAUCAAAUACUUAUCCAGAAAGAAUCCAAGUUCCAACAUGCAGACAAUAUUUUGUCAGAAGUAUAGACAACAAUUCACACAAUAUUUUCUUAAUUUAUUUCCAUAUGUCACUAACACAAGGCUCAAAGCCAAGUCUGAGGGUUCUGAAUUUGGAAGUAGCAUAACAGACCCAAAGUUAGUUGCUGAAAAUUUGGAGAUCUGUAAUUUAUUUAUUUUAAUGAAUCCCAAUGUUAAUAUGAAGUCACAUAACAAGGAGAUAGUCUCAGUUCUCAAUUAUAUUGAAAAGAUGUUUGGCCAAAACACACAGGAAGAGACAAAUGAUAUUGUAAUAAGGGUUAUGCAUUCAAUAUUUUCCAAUGAAAUUAACAGCUGGACUAGAUCCACGUCUAUCAUGGACUCAUUGUUUAGAAAAAUUGUAUGGACCUAUUUCAAUAAAACUUCUGGUUUGUUCAAACAACAGAUCUUUAGUCUUUUAUGUAAAAUUAGCCUGAAUGAUAAAUUAGGCCACUUUCAUAACAUUGACGCCCAUGGCAUGUGGCUCAAAAACUUGCCUGAUAUAUUACUAGGCGACUCUAUUACUGUUCAAACUAUUGACAUACUCCAUAAGUUUGCAGUUCGAAACAACAAUAUUUUCAACUCUGUCAUAAAACCUAAAUUAAUCAUGAUUGUGAAGAAUUUACCAAACAUUGUAAUAUCUGACGCUCCAAACGAUACAUGCAGUUACCAUAAAUUAUUUUCCUUGUUAUUUUGGAUCAAACCAUGGGAUGGAGAAUCUUUGAAUUUAUUGGAACACCAAUUGUUGAACAAUGCUUACCAAAGUGAUCAUAGUAAAUUUAUAUUGGAUACCCUGAAAUUAAGAAUUGGAGGAGUUGAAUAAAUAAAACCAUUGCUGUUAGUUAUUUAAGAUAGUCAUUUAUAUCAUAAACUAAAACACAAAAUUAUGCAAAACUGACCACUCAACCAUCUGGUAAAGACAAACACAACCAAACAACAGAUAAUAAAAAUACAGGGUAACUUCAAUACAUUGUCAUUAAGAGAAUCCACAUAAACACAUUAAAAGCUAUACAACACAAAACAUGUCCAAAUCAUUAAUACUCUCUUGUCCAAAUUACAAUUUAUUCUUCUAAAUUAUUAUGCAUAAUACUGCAAUAUUAGCAAAUCACAAUUAUAUUCAUACAAUUUACUCUUUAUUUAAAGGAACUCAAUGUGGUUGUGGGGAGAUCAGAUAAUUAAAUAAUAAAUUUAAAUUAUACACACAUAUUUUAUGUCUGGAAAAAUGGAAAUUCAAAUUUAUAACUUAAUGUAGUACUUAUUUCUUACUUUUAAAUUGUAUUCCAAUAUUCAUUCAAGAUCUAUUCUUAAGAUGCCACAGUACUAAACAGUGCAAGUCUGUAAAUAGCAAGCACUUAACGCUCAAAAAUGUGGCUAGGUGUUAACACAACCACAUAAUAAUUAAGCCAACAUUGUUACAGUUAUUUAUACCUAACAAUCGAAAUAAAUUCUUGAAUCUUCGUAACAUACAUGCACUCUAAUAGAUUCACACCAAUUCUUUAAAUAUCGAUAUGAAAGCCUCGUCGAAGCCACAUUAAUGUAAUUCAUUAUAGACUAGUGUUUUUUCUCUACAAACUAAUUCUAAUAAAUAUGACUAAUAAAGAAAAUUAGCUAAUCAUCAACUUGUCUACUGUUUCAUAUUUGGCAAAUUUUGGCAAAAAUAUAAUUUACCAAUGAGAAUGCAAAUGACAUGUAAAUUACAUACAUUAAUAAUCUUAAUGUAUAUAAAAAAAAUACAUUGUUAUUAAAAUAUUGUUGCGUUUUAAAAUUGUGCAUAAACAAAUUAAUUUUGUGCUUAAAAUAUAUAAUGGUAAUAAUUCAAUUUUAUUUUAUAAACCUAUGAUAGAAAUAAAGUAUGCAUGAUAAAACGAGUAUCAUUAUUGAGAAUCAUGUCCUCAUAAACCAUACAUUAUCAAUAAAAUUGUGCAUUUUAUGCCUAUAAAGACUGACAAUAAAUAAUUGCAACACA